AUGAACGGACAAGGGAAUCGUGACGAUGAGUACAGGGAGAUGGUAGAGAUCGACGUUCAACGUCAACAUCAGCAACAGCAUGAACAAAGACAACAGCAGCAGCAGGAAUACUUCCAGCAAGACCUGCACUCACCAUACGGUCCUCCCGAGCGAUCGUUCACUCCCUACUCACCGUACCAAUCUUCAGUAGAAGACAUGCAACAGGGUCGAUCCAUCACAGAGCAAGGAAGACCUGCUCGUCCUUCGCAAGCGCAUUUUGAAGACUACAGUCCAGCGCCUGAAUGGCCUCCUCAAAUCGCCAAUAGCCCUGGGCAGUACUUCAAUGACACACCUGGUGGCUCUCGCUCAGCGACCCCCUCUCUUCGCAGCGGCCAGGAAACGCCCGCCCGUCUGCACUACCACGCGGGCAACUCGUCCGUCGACUGGAGACCAUCCAGCCUAAUGGUACCCAGCCCCAGCACCCGCACCCUCGUCAACAAAUCGUCCAGUGUCACUGACCAGUCUUAUCGCGACAAACAGAACCAGAGCCAUCUCAGUCUUGCAGCUCUAUUGCCCAACGGCGCUUCCACUCAAAACACCAGCAGUCAAACGCUAGCCAAGGAGUACAUCGUCGACACCAGCGCUAUCCAGCAUGUGCAUAAGCGUGAUGAUGUCGAGAUCUGGAAGGGCUGGAAAAGAUGGGUAUUUAAAUUAGUCCCGCUGUUGACGUUUAUGAACACUGGAUUCUAUAUGGCGUAUCUCGCUUUGAGAAUUGCGUGUGUUAUCUGGGCGCAGAAUGCGGCGGGUAUGACUUAUGAGGGAGCGUGGGUGUUCAUCGCUGUUGAGAUUGCGGUUGCGAUCCCUUCGCUUAUGCAUAAUACUUGGACGAUGUGGUCGAUGAAGAAGAGACAGCGACCCAAGUUGAGAGUGACUGGCAACGACAUUCCCACUGUCGAUGCCUUCGUCACUUGCUGUGGUGAGGACGAUGAUCUGGUCAUGGAUACUGUUCGAGCGGCGUGCGACCUGGACUAUCCUCAAGACCGAUUCCGAGUUAUCAUUUUGGACGAUGGAAAAUCUGCCGGUCUUGAAGAGCAGUGUGCGAAGUUGUCCAUGACUUAUCCCAACUUGUACUACAUGGCUCGAGUCAAGAUUCCCGGUCAACCCCAUCACUUCAAGGCUGGUAACCUCAACUAUGGUCUCGACGAGGUGCACAAGCUGCCUGGAGGAGCUGGUCAAUUCAUGGCUGCUCUGGAUGCCGAUAUGCAGAUUCCCGAGCGUGACUGGCUUCGUGCUAUCAUUCCUCAUCUCCUCAUCGACCCCAAGAUGGCUCUCGCCUGCCCACCUCAGCUCUUCUACAACACUCCCCCCUCAGACCCCCUCGCCCAGAGUCUCGACUUCUUCGUGCACGUCAUUGAGCCCAUUAAGGAUGCUCUCGGCGUUGCAUGGUGCACAGGAUCCGGCUACGUCGCCCGCCGCGAAGCUCUCGACCAGAUCGGCAACUUCCCUCUCGGAUCUCUCGCUGAAGAUGUCGCUACUUCAACGCUCAUGCUCGGUAAGGGCUGGAAGACAGCUUUCAUCCAUGAGCCUCUGCAGUUUGGUACCGUUCCUGAGGACUACGGUGGUCAUUUGAAGCAGCGUACGCGAUGGGCCAUUGGAACGGUCGAUACCUCAUUUAAGCUCAACUUUUGUCUCUGGGGCGAUAAGGUUCGACAAAUGACCACUGCCCAACGGUUCUCGGGUUUCUUGUACGCCUCGUUGAGUCUGUACACUGUCCUCCUCACCAUUUCGAUGUUUGCCAUUCCGAUUAUCUUGAUCAUGCAGAAGCCUCUCGUCGCAUACGCAACUGAUGAGCAGCUCCGAUGGUUGAUUCGCGCCUGUUUCGCAUCCGUCAUCUCCAACCGUAUCUGCGAAUUCGCUCUCUUUAUUCCAGCAGGCUACCACACCGGACAGCGAGGCUCGCGUUACCAACUUUGGAUGUCUCCUUACAUCGCGCUCUGCAUCAUCCGUUCUUUCGUCCUUCCUACCUGGCUUGGAGGCCAAACCCAAGCCUUCAAGCCUACAGGAUCCCUCGGCUCAGCUCUCAAUGAACGCGACGCCAAGCUGCGCAAGAACAUGUUCCGCCGCCUUUGGGGCAUCCUCGUCAACUACAUGGCUCUCUUCCACCUGUUCUUUGUGUACCUUACCCUCGUUGCCGUGGUGCUCACAUCGUUCCGAUCAUUUAUCACGACCGACACUGUCCGCGACACGCUCACCGCCCUUCUUACACAUGCUUUCUGGCCGCCUUUGACCUUCCUCUUCAUCUGCAGUUCAUUGUGGACGCCUAUCUCAUACGCGAUUGAUCCCCCGGCGAUGCCCGAUCGUGAGGACCUGCUGAACCGCGAUCCGAAGACGCAGGUGGCGCAUCCCACGCCACAGAGCAAGAAGAUCGCAUUUGGCGGUCAGGCAGCGUGGUUCGAGGCGGAAUACACCGUCACCACGAUUUACACGUGUCUCGUGUUUGUCGUCUCGUUCAUUUUCUAG